AUGAAGCUGUUCUCCACGGCUUCCGCCUUGCUGGCGCUACACACAAGUGUAGUUGCCGCUGCGAACUCCGUCUCCAACACCAUCCUGGUCUUCGCUAGAGACUCUGCCUCUGCCAACGUUGCCACCCUGGGGUUCCAAGGCUAUGGCAUCCCAUACCAGACCGUGCUUGUGCCUCAGUCUGGUGUCGCCCUGCCAGCUCUCAACUCUUCUGCUACCCAGGGUAACUAUGGCGGUAUCCUAGUGCUGAGCGAGGUCUCGUACCAGUACUCUACAGGUUUCCUGAGUGCCCUCAACACCUCGCAGUGGCAGACCUUGUAUGAUUACCAGACCGCUUUUGGUGUUCGCAUGGUUCGCCUGGACGUGUAUCCCACCCCUGAUAUGGGUGUCACAACAUACAUUGCCGGUUCUGGAUGCUGUGAUGCUGGUGUCGAGCAGCUCAUCAGCUUCAACGACACCACUGCAUUCCCCACGGCUAAUGUCAAGAGUGGCGCAACUGCCAGCACGGCCGGCCUGUGGCACUACCCAGCACAGAUCACCAACAGCAGCAUUGCCACGGCUUUCGCCAAGUUUGCGCCUGCGGGCUCUUUCACCGCUGAUACGACUGCUGCCGUCAUCAACAAGAUCGGUGGUCGUCAACAGAUGGUCUUUUUCAUCAGCUGGGCUACUGACUGGUCGCUGACCUCCAACUAUCUGCAGCACGCGUACAUCAGCUGGUUGACCCGUGGUCUUUUCGUCGGGAAGCGAAAGGUUUACCUGAGCACCCAGGUCGAUGAUAUGCACCUUGAGACAGGUCUAUACUACCCAAACAACACAAACUUCCGCAUUCGCACCAGGGAUCUCGACGCUCACAAGGCCUGGCAGACAGACAUCAACACGCGUCUGGCUGCUGGUUCCAACUACUUCGUUGAGAUUGGCCACAACGGAAACGGUGAUAUCGACAAUGCCACCAGCCAAAAUAGUGGCGCGACUCUGUGCACGCCCGCGUAUGCUGUCGAUUACAACUCUCCCCCUGACACAGCCCUCGAGUUCCAAAAGCCGCUUGGCAGCGGUGCCGACCUGUGGCCUGCAGAGUUCAAGAACUACACCUGGAGCUUGAACUGCGCCAAGCUGGACCCAGUCGCCACCUGGUUCAACACGAACCCAAACGUUUUCGCUGCCGUAUCGCACACUUUCUCUCACGAGGAGCUCAACAACGCCACCUAUUACGAUGCUAACCGUGAGAUCUACUUCAACAUUGCGUGGAUGAAGCAGAUCGGUAUUUCGGCUGGUAACAAGUUCUCUCCCAAGGGUCUCAUCCCUCCUGCCAUCACGGGUCUGCACAACGGUGAUGCCAUCAAGGCAUGGAUGGACAACGGCAUCAAGUUCGUCGUCGGCGACAACACUCGUCCUGUGCUACGCAACGCGAACCCAUAUUACGCUCUUACUACAACCGUCGCUGGCAACGGCUACGCGGGUCUGACCGUUAUCCCCCGUUGGGCGACCACCAUCUACUACAACUGUGACACGCAGGCUUGCACCACCAAUGAGUGGAUCGCCACGUCUGGUGGCUCCGGCACCUUCACCAACCUGCUCAACGACGCUAGGACUGUCAACACCCGCUACCUUCUGGGUCUGCACCCCGACCCGUACAUGUUCCACCAGGCCAACAUGCGAUGGGGUGACACUGACCAGAUCACUGUUGGCACUGUGUCCGGCAAGCUCUCCCUGAUGCAGAUCUGGGUGGAGACCAUCACGCAGGAGUUGUUGCGCCUGACCAACUGGCCUGUCUCCUCUCUGACGCACGACAACCUUGGCCAGCUGUUCCUGGACAGGGCCACUCUUGAUGCGUGCAAUCCCAAUCUCAAGUACAACUACUCUGCCGACGGCAAGACCAUUGUCUCGGUCACUGUCACAACCACUGGCAACACCUGCGGCGUCAAGGUUCCCGUCACGGUUCCAGCCACGGCAACCGGAAGUGGUACCUUGGACAAGGUCGGAACCGAGCCAGCUAUUUACUGGACCACGAUGUCCAGCUCGCCGGUGACCUACACUCUGAGCUCGCCAGUUGCUAUCUAA